AGCCAUGGGCAGGGGCGGACUGACAACUCAUGGGGCCCCCAGGCAAUAGGGGAUCAUGGGGCCCCUGUGUGCUUGCCCAAACUCAAAAAAGCCUAUGAAAAAGGUACCAGGGGCAUUUCAUGGGGCCCCCUACUGACCCCGGGCCCUCGGGCAGUGCCCGAGUGCUCGAAUGGUCAGUCCGCCCCUGGUAGUGCCUGUAAUCACAGGAUUAGGCUGGGUAUGGAACAGGCAUAUUUAUAUUAGUCCAAGCUGGACCAAUAUAACUGCAAAAUAUCCAUACCCGAAAUUCAACCUAUAUCUAUCUAGAUGUUA